CGCCGAAGAAUACAGUAAUGCCGAUGCUGUGUUUGGUUGUUCUUGUCCUACGAGUUACCACAUACUUCCACCCAUCGAGCAGACAAGAAUAGCCCGCAACAUGGAUUGCAUGGAAGACCUCGUAAUCAACGCCAGCAUGACCGAAGACAUCGAAGGUUCGGAAAAGUCCUUCUCUGGUUUCCCGUGGCCCUUUUCCAACCUCAUGGGCGACAGCAGCAGAAACAGCAACGGCAACAGCAACGGCUACAGCACUAUCACCACCACUAAGAGACCGGAAGCACGAAGCGCCGCAACAGCAUCUAUCAGAAAAGGCUCGAGGCGGCUUUCAUUGAGCGGCAGCAGAAACCACAAAGCGCAAGUCAAAGAAUCACCUAGCACUGGUAGUAGCAGCAACAACACCACAAAACCCAUCAUUGUUCCUCUCGUGGAUGACAAAUUUGUGGUCGAUCGGUUCCGGCACGAUGUCGAACAAGCCAAGCUGAUGCGACGGGAAAUGGACAGGCGCAGACAACAAAAAGAGCAGCAACAAAAGGAGCAACGGCAGCAACAGCAGCAACGGACCCGCAACGAGCAUCUCACCGAAGAACACAUUCGCCUGGCACUGGAAGGACUAGACGAGGCGGUGGUUCUUCGACAAAAGGGACGGACGAGGGAGGCAUUAGAUAUCAGCGAGCUGUCCAUCGAAAUGCUGAUUGGGUACCUCAAGAGGUGUCCGGCCGAGCUCGACGUUCAAGGAGUGAGUCGGGAUGCCGUCGGGAAUCGGAUCCAGAAUGCACUAACGCUAGCGGAAGAAAUGAAAUCCGAACUAAGGGGGAAUGAACAAUCCUCAAAACCCAGUACCAAAGGCGGCAACAGGAACAGCACCACAACCACCCAGCGGCAACAGCUGCAGUCGAGACGAAACAAGCUCUCCAGAGCCGUCGAAGCGCUUUCCGAAUUGCUAAACGAAACAAAACCAGUGAGUCCAACGGAGAAGCCAACCCGCAAAGCCAAAUCCAAAACGAUCACGAGGAUGCCAUCGAAGAGCACCGAUGUCAACAUCACACGAACUGACAUGCCGGGCAAAACGAAUACGUACGGUGCUAAGAGCCGCACCGCAAAUACGAAACGACAGACUGCGGUGGGGAGGCCGUCUCUGUUUGCCAACAGCCAGGAGCCACUCGUCAAUACCAUCAAAUCCGAACUCUACAUCGAUCCCUCGAAACUACACAACACGACGUGGAAGGACAUUGCCGGUCUCGAACACGCCAAGCAGGCCCUUCAGGAGGCCGCCAUUCUACCCCUUAUGCGCCCCGAUUUGUUUUCCGGGUUGCGGAAGCCGCGGAACAUCCUACUGUAUGGGCCACCGGGGACGGGGAAGACCUUGCUCGUUAAAGCCGUGGCGCAUGAGUCGUCCACUGUUUUGUUUGUGUGCACGGCGAGCGCAAUGACCAGCAAGUGGCAUGGCGAGGGAGAAAAACUGCUCAGGACCCUCUUCCAGGUGGCCCGGGAUGCUGCCCCAUCCAUCGUGUUUGUCGACGAGGUUGACUCCCUCCUAAGCAGUCGGAAAUCGGACGGGGAACACGAGGCGAGCMGCCGCUUCAAAACGGAGUUCAUGACCAACAUCGACGGCAUUGUCAAGACCGGCGGAGACGAAAACGGAAAACACCUGCUGGUGAUUGCCGCUACGAACUGCCCGUGGGACAUUGAUUCGGCCGUCCUGAGACGGUUUCCCCGAAGAAUAUACAUACCCCUGCCCGAUUCGACCACCCGGAAGGCCCUCCUGAAAAACCUUCUUGAAAAGGCAGGGGAUACAGAGCUCUCCAGCGACGACAUAAAGAGAAUCGUCAAGCGGCUGGAAGGCUUCAGUGGGUCGGACAUUUCUAGCAUAGCUUCCGAGGCCUCCUUUGGACCGAUUCGGUCGCUGGGCGACAUCAGUGCCAUCCAGUCCGCCAAGUCCGUUGAUAUUCGGCCCAUACAGCGAAAAGAUUUUGACCAGGCCAUAGAGCAAGCUACAAAAUCCGUUUCCAAGUUGCUGCUAAAGCAAUACGAUCAGUGGAAAGACGAACAGGCAGCUUCGUGACACGGAUAACUCAAUCGUUUGACAAUCGUUUGUACGAAUCAUCCAAUACAAGUUUGGUCAAUUGUGUUCCAAUCAAUACAACUUCGUUGA